AUGGCGGCCCGUGUCCUCCUCGCGGCCUGCGUCCGCCGCUGCGCCCCACGGCCGGCCCUCGCCCGGCCCGCCCUCGCCGCCGCCCUCCUCCUCCGGCCGCCCCCCGAGGCCGCCGCCCUCCCCGCACCCAGGCCCCUGCCGCAGGUCCUCCAGCCGUGCCGCCGUUUCUCUGACGUGCCGCCGCUCACUUUGGACAGCAUCAAGGACCGUGUCCUGUACGUGCUGAAGUUGUAUGACAAAAUAGAUCCCGAAAAGCUGAACGCUGAUUCCCACUUCAUGAAAGACCUGGGCCUGGACAGCCUGGACCAAGUGGAGAUCAUCAUGGCUAUGGAGGACGAGUUCGGCUUUGAAAUCCCUGAUGUGGAAGCAGAGAAGCUGAUGUGUCCGCAAGAGAUUGUCGAUUACAUUGCCGAUAAGAAAGACGUGUACGAAUGAGUGUUUCUCGAGCUGAGCAGGCAAUUCUGUUCCUUCCUGAGGGCUUGGAGGUUGUCCGCAGGACGGGGGCACUGGUGAGCAAAGCGC